GUUUAUCAGACUGAGAGGCUCCUGGGUGUGCACAGCAGGCAGGGAGAGCAAACCAAGGAUAAGCCCGCAAUCUACACAGCCAGUUGGUUGCCCUGCCCUCUGCCUGAUAGCAGGCAAAGGGGACACAGUGUGGGGCUGGGGACACCAGGAGCUUGCAGGGACCUGUUCUGUCAGCAGGAAGGACCAGCACCAGCACCUGCAAUGGAAGCAGGGAGGCAGGACUACAAUCUCCUGGUGAUUGGCGGGGGAUCUGGCGGCUUGGCUUGUGCCAAGGAAGCCGCUCAGCUGGGAAUGAAGGUGGCCGUGGUAGACUAUGUGGAGCCUUCCCCCCGAGGCACCAGGUGGGGCCUAGGCGGCACGUGUGUGAACGUUGGCUGCAUCCCCAAGAAGCUGAUACACCAGGCAGCGCUGCUGGGGGGUAUGAUCCGCGACGCUCCCCACUAUGGCUGGGAUGUGGCCCAGCCGGUCCUGCAUGACUGGAGGAAAAUGGCAGAAGCUGUUCAGAAUUAUGUGAAAUCCCUGAACUGGGGUCACCGGGUCCAGCUUCAGGAUAGAAAAGUCAAGUACUUUAACAUCAAGGCCAGCUUUGUCAAUGAGCACACGAUUUGCGGUGUCACUAAAGGUGGGAAAGAGACUUUGCUUUCUGCGGAGCAUAUCGUCAUUGCUACUGGAGGGCGGCCAAGGUACCCCACCCACAUCGAAGGCGCCUUGGAAUAUGGAAUUACAAGUGAUGACAUCUUCUGGCUGAAGGAAUCCCCUGGAAAAACGUUGGUGGUCGGAGCCAGCUAUGUGGCCCUAGAGUGUGCUGGCUUCCUCACUGGGCUCGGACUGGACACCACUGUCAUGAUGAGAAGCAUCCCCCUCCGGGGCUUUGACCAGCAAAUGUCUUCCUUGGUCACAGCGUACAUGGCCUCUCAAGGCACCAGGUUCCUGAAGCACUGUACCCCGUCAAGAGUGCAGAAACUUCCAGACGGCCAGCUCCAGGUCACCUGGGAGGACCUCACCUCUGGCAAGGAGAACAUGGGCACCUUCAGCACUGUCCUGUGGGCCAUAGGUCGAAUUCCAGAAACCAGAAGUCUGAAUUUGGAGAAUGCUGGAAUAAAUACCAACCCCAACAGUCAGAAGAUUCUGGUUGAUGCUCAGGAAGCCACCUCUGUCCCCCACAUUUAUGCCAUCGGAGACGUAGCAGAGGGGCGGCCCGAGCUGACACCCACGGCUAUAAUGGCAGGAAAACUCUUGGCCCGGCGCCUGUACGGUCAGUCCUUAGAUGUGAUGGAUUACAGCAACGUGCCCACCACAGUCUUCACCCCGCUGGAGUAUGGCUGCGUGGGGCUGUCAGAGGAGGAGGCCAUGGCUCGCCAUGGAGAAGAGCAUGUGGAGGUUUAUCAUGCAUAUUAUAAACCACUGGAGUUCACAGUGGCAGAACGGGAUGCAUCCCAGUGUUACAUAAAGAUGGUGUGCCUGCGGAAGCCCCCACAGCUGGUGCUGGGCCUGCACUUCCUCGGCCCCAAUGCAGGUGAAGUCACUCAAGGAUUUGCUCUGGGGAUCAAGUGCGGGGCCUCCUACGAGCAGGUGAUGCGGACGGUGGGCAUCCACCCCACCUGCGCUGAGGAGGUAGCCAAGCUGCGCAUCUCCAAGCGCUCGGGCCUGGACCCUACUGUGACAGGCUGCUGAGGGUAGGCAGCCAUCCCUGCCAGGCCAAGGGCACACGGCGUGCCUGCCGCCCCCACAACCAGGCUCUUUUGAGGCUCAGAUCCAGGACGUAGAAGGCCGAGCCUGGGCAAGCCUCACCUCUGCCUGGAGAGCCCCUGAGGUAGUCAGCAUGGGUGGCGUCUGGACCGACCCCCUGUGUGCCCUGCAGGGAUGGCUCCAAGGGUUGUCAGCCCCUGACCUCACACACCCUCCUGCCUGGGCCAGCCCCGCCAGGCCCCUGAUGCCAGAAGAUGACGAUGUGCACAGAAACCCACCCUGUGGGCUGUCCAUGUCCGAGCCCCUCUGGUGUCUCUGGAAUGUAAAUAAAGAGGGUGUUUCCCUGA